AUGGACGGGCUCGAGAGGGUGGAUACUAUUGACAGAGACAUCUCUGACUCCAAAGACGACAAUGUCGUUAUACAUGAUAGACAGCAUUUGGAAACGGUGUUGGUUCGAAAGAUCGACUUUCGCUUGAUGCCUCUGAUGAUGCUCAUUUAUAUCCUCAACUACUUGGAUCGAAAUAAUAUCGCAACAGCUCGACUAGGCUCUUUGGAAGAAGACGUUGGCCUUGGAGGGUCGGAAUAUAACACAAUCAUCAGUAUCUUCUUCGUCGGGUAUAUCUUGACACAGAUUCCAACCAACAUGAUCUUGAACAAGACCAGACCGUCUUUAUUCUUGCCCGCUAUUAUGUGUGGCUGGGGAAUUGUCAGUGCCUGUACCGGGGCUGUUCAGAACUAUCAUGGACUGCUGGCACUACGCUUCAUUCUUGGUUUCGUGGAAGCUCCAUUCUUUCCCGGUGCCUUGUUCCUCUUUUCUUCCUGGUAUACGAAGAAAGAACUUGCUGCAAGAAUAUCGAUUCUGUUCACUGCAGCCCAACUGGCAGGCGCAUUUGGAGGAUUACUUGGUAGCGGUAUAAUGUCUGGAAUGGACGGAAAGGCCGGCCUGCCUUCGUGGCAAUGGCUUUUUAUAAUAGAAGGCAGUGCCACCCUUCCAGUUGCAGCCCUUGCGAUGCUUAUUCUCCCUGACUAUCCAGCGACGACUAAAUGGCUGACCGACAGUGAACGAAAGCUUGCCAUGCUUCGAAUUGACGAAGAGGCCAAUGAGAAAGAUGACCAUGAAGCCAGUAGCAACUGGGAUGGCCUCAAAAUGGCCUUCAGAGACCCGGCUCUAUACAUCAUCUGGAUCAUGCAACUUGGGCUCAACACCGGUGCUGCAUUUACGAAUUUCUUCCCAACCAUCGUCAAGACUCUUGGGUAUGGGACUACGAAUACGUUGCUCCUCUCGGCCCCUCCUUAUAUCUUCGCUGCCAUCCUUUGUGUCUGCAACUCAUUUCACAGCGACCAUACCAAUGAACGAUGGCUGCAUGUCAUCUGGCCCCAGAUCUUCUGCAGCAUCGGCUUCAUCAUCAGCGCUGCCACCCUGCAGACAGCAGCUCGAUAUAUCGCCACCUUCAUGAUGAUGUCCAUCUAUGGAUCCUUUGGCUGUAUUCUAUCCUGGGUCUCGACUUCUCUCCCUCGCCCGGCACCAAAACGCGCAGUUGCAUAUGCCGUCGUCAACGCGGGAUCGAAUUUCGCCUCGAUCUACGCCAGUUACUUUUACCCCUCCUCGCAAGGACCGCGAUACUGGCCGGCGAAUGUCGCCAAUGUCUGCUUUUGUGCGCUGUGUAUCGUCAUGGCUACUGUGUUGCAUUUUACUCUGCAAUGGAGAAAUCGAAAGCUCGAUAAAGCGGCAGAUGAUGAUCUGAAUGCGGGAAGGGAUCCUGCUAGCGAGGGGUCAGUUUGUGCUGCAGUCGCUGCGAAAUGGCAGUGUCAUCCGAACUACAGAUAUACGAUAUAG